AGAUAAAUGGGAUUACAUGAAAAAGCGCUUGAAUGUUUCUGCAUCGACUUAAAUCAUAUAAAUAAUGCUGAUGAUUUCAAGGCAUCAUACUUAUAUUAAAAAGGUGCAAUUUUAUGAAUUUAUUUCAGGAUUAACUUUAUUUUAUUUAAAUAGAUAUCUUGAAGCUAUAGAUUAAUUUGAUAAAUCUUUAUCUAUUAAUAUACAUCAAAAUGGACUCUCUCAUAAUAUGAAAGGUCUUAUUUUUAAGUUAUUUCAAAGCUCUCUCAUUAAUGGAAAUAGGAGAUCUAGAUUCAGCUUUAUUUUUUAUAAACUAAGCAAUAAAUAAUAACUCAUAAAAUUCUGCUAUAAGAUUCAAUAAAGGUAAAACUCNCUUAAUCUAAAUAAUUCUCAGGAAGCACUUGAAGCGUUUGAACAGAGUAUAAUAUAUAAUCCUGAAUAAUUUUAAAGCUUUAAUCAAAUUGGUUAGUAUUAAUCAUACAAUUUAAAGGUGUCUUGUUAUUUAAAUAGAAAAAAUAUGAAGAUGCUUUAAAAUAUUUUCAAGAUGGUUUGCAUAGAAAACCCUAAUCAUCAACCUUUUACGGAAAUUUAGGUUAAAUUAUGUUUAUCAAAUAGCAAUCACAUUAACUAAAAUUCUAUAGUAUGAGAAUGCUUUGAAAUAUAUAGAAAAUGCCAUAACUUUAGAACCAAAUAAUCAUAAACUAAUCAAUCAAAAAGGUAUUUUAAUAAAAAUUUAUUUUAGGCUUAUUGUUAGCAUAAAUGGGAAGAAGAAAAGAAGCUAUUAAAUUUUUUUAAUAAAAUAUAUCUUAAUAUCCAGAUAAUCCAAUUUAUUAUAUAAAUAGAGGAAAGAUUAUUAAUUAAAUAUUCUAGGAUAUAUUUUGGCGAAAUACUAAGAAGAAUAAGAAAUUAUCAACUUUGAUUAAAAUGAAAAUGCAGUAAUUAACUAUAAAUUUGGUACUUAAUUAAUUGAUUUGGAAUUUAAUUAAUAAUAAGAAAUCCAAGAUCAGCAUUUUAUGUCUCUCAUUAAUUAUAAUUUUGGUAAAAUAUAAUUAUUAUCUCAAGGAGUUGCACUAUUUAAAAUAAAGAAAUAUGAUGAAGCAAUUAUAAAAUUCGAUAACGCACUUAAAUUGGAUGCAACUUUAGUUUAAUCUUACUUAAUGAAAGGUAAAUUCGAUGUUUGAAAUAAUUUAGGAGAAAUCUU